AUGGCUAGCCCUCCUGUGCUAGCUUUCGAUGCUGAGGGCCGCCCAGUGAAGUUCGAAACCUGGCUAGAUGACCUACACCUCUUCCUACAGCUCUCUGCCAAGGAGGACAUCUCACUGUACGAUCACGCCCUAGGCCAUGCUCCUGCUCCUGCUGCUACUGCUGAUAGCACUGCCCGCUCACAGUGGCAGACUCGUGACGCCCACGCUCGCUUCGCUAUUCGCAACUCCCUGCCGAUAGAUGAGCGCGAGCACUUUGGGCAGCACAAGACUGCACAGGCACUGUACACUGCUGUCGUUGCCCGCUACUCCUCACCGGCCUCUGCCGCACUAGGCCGUCUCUCUCUUCCCUACCUGUUCCCCGACUUAGCCUCUUUCCACACAGUCGCUGACCUCAUUACGCACCUCCGCACUAGUGAGGCUCGCUUCUGCGCCGCCAUGCCUGAUGAGUUCCUUGCCAAGAACCCACCCCCGCUCUGGCUCACUCUCUACCACCUAGUCACCCGCCUCCCUGACACUCUGCGCUCAGUCAGGGACCACUUCCUAGCUCGCUGCCCCACUGAGCUCACCAUUGCCCUCCUCGAGAAGGAACUCCUUGCAGCUGAGGCUAGCAUAGUCGCUGUAGGUGCCUCUCGUGGCGACCCCCGUACCCCGUUCUUUGAGGGGUGUUCUCCUUCCCCCCUUCUUCCCUCUGUCGCCUCUGCUGCUGCUGUCGACCUCCUUGGUGCUGAGAAGGUCGGGACUGCGUCUGCUUCGAGCGGGCGCCGCAGCGGCAAGGGCAAAGGGGGCAAGGGCGGUGGCGGUGACAGCGGGGGAGGCGGUGGUGGGGGCGGUGGCGGCGGUGGGGGUGGUGGCGCGACUGGAGGGGCUAGUGGCAGCGUUGGGGGUGGUGGCGGCAGCGGCGGGGGAGGUGGCAGGGGCGGAGGCGGUGGUGGGGGUGGCGGUGGACGCGGCGGCGGCAGGGGUUGGGGUGGUCGAGGAGGUGGCGGCGGCGGUGGUGGUCGUGGAGGCGCUGGCGGUGGCCAGGGCCAGCAGCACACUCCGUCGCCCCAGAAGGUGCUGGUGAGGCAGCUGCUCUAG